GCGACUGGGGAGAAUCAUAUGUUCAUAUUUGUAGUGCAGUCACAACUUAAUAUCUGGAAUAUUAGUACAUCUGACUUAUCUGUUCCCAUCAGUCUGGGAGUAUGUUUGCAACAGACGACGAGGACGGAGAUUUUCUGUCUCCCACUGGAGGGGCAAAGUUAGCUUCUCUCUUUGGACUGGACCAGGCAACAAGCCAGGGCAAUGAGUCUUUCCAGUAUACGGCCCCCAAACAGCCUCGCAAGAGCACCACAAACUCAGGACCCCAAACCCAAAAGUCAGCCCCUCCUCCCAACUCUCCAGCCGUUCUCUUUGCUACUGCAGUACAUGCCUACAGAUAUGUUAAUGGACAGUAUGUGAAACAAGGCAAGCUUGGAGCUGCAGUCCUUGGAAACCAUAUAACUAAAGACUACAAGAUCCUGCUGUAUGUCAGUCAGCAGAAGCCGGUGACAGCAGCCAGAAUCCACACUGACUUCAUCCUCACUGUCCAACCCAGUACCUACUGUACAUUUUACGAUGACCAGAGGCAGAAUUGGUCGCUCAUGUUUGAAUCAGAGAAAGCAGCUACAGAUUUCUGUAAAGAAGUAUGUCUCGCAAAAACAAACUGCAACAUUUCGUUAGACUCUGUCCUGAUCCAGGAUCUUGUGCUUGGUGAGGGGCAGGGUGUGGAAAAUGGAGACUGUCUAGAAGUGGCCUACACUGGCUGGAUCCUGCAAAACCACACCAUUGGAAUGGUGUUUGACUCUAAUCUGAAUAAAGACAAACUGCUGAGACUAAAGCUCGGGGCUGGGAAAGUGAUUAAGGGCUGGGAGAAGGGCAUGUUGAGCAUGCGGAAAGGUGGGAGGCGGUUUAUGGUGAUUCCGCCCAGUCUUGCGUACGGAUCGCAGGGCAUUCCCAACCGGGUUCCGCCAGAGAGCACGCUGGUCUUUGAAGCAGAGAUCCGCCGGGUUAAAUUUGCUAAGGAUGGAAGUUCAAGAGAGUCUGCGGCACCUUCUCCAGCUCCCAGUGUGGACAGUCUGGGCCCCUCUGAGAUGAACCAGCCCCUCGGUACCGCUCCACAAACCAGCAUAUCCAGUGAACCGCCUCUUUGUGCAAAAUCUAACUCGCCGAAUGAGCAGUUGAGUUAUUCAGAUGCCACUAAAGCAAAGCUGAUAUCACGCAUGGCCAAAAUGGGCCAGCCAAUGCUGCCCUUCAUCACCGGCCCAGCAUCAUCAUCCUCACAGCUAGAUUCUAGUGACUCAGAACUGGAGGACCCGAGUCUUGCCAGAUUGAAGGAACAUAACAGCGCACCAUCACCGCAGCCUGUACACAUGACCUCCGCCCCUCCGCCUUCAGGGCAGGCACUUAUACCUGUUGCCAUGGCAACAGCCAAUCCACAGCCUAUGAUGCCUGGAACAGUUCAUACCUUUCAGCCUGUCAGUCAUAUUUACCCCACACAGACUGUGCCUUACCAAGGAACUAGUGAUGUCACAUCCUUCUUGAUGACAGAGGCUCGACAACACAACACUGAAAUCCGAUUGGCUGUUGGGAAAGUAGCAGACAAACUAGAACACUUGACCUCUAAGAUUGAUGACCUACAAAAGCAAGGCAGCGUUUCGUUGGGCUUAUCUAACGUGUCCAUGGAAACAGCCAUGAUCAUGCACAACAUUCAGAGAAUCAUACAGGAGAACGAAUGUCUGAAAAAAGAAGUGUUUGAGAAAAGUUCACGUAUUGAGGAACAAAACCGCAAGAUUGGCGAGCUCAUCAAUCAAAACCAGAGGUACAUGGAGCAGAGUAAUCUACUGAUGGAACGGAGAAAUUACUCUCUGAAGAACAGCAGUGAACAGAGUCAGGCCAAAAUGCUGCAGGCAGAACAAGACAAGGUGCGGUUGACGGAGGAGUUGGCUUCCUCCACAGCACGCGUGUCGGAGCUGCAGCUGGAGUUGAGCUCACAGCAGCAAAAUGCCGCAGCUCUGCAGACCAAACUCAACGCAGCCCUGCAGGAGAGCCAGCAACACAGCACAUAUGUCACUAAACUGGAAGCCCAGCUACUGGAGCUCAAGGAGACGAUAGAAAGAGUGCAGAGUCAACACAAGAUGGAGAAACAGAAGCGUAAAGAACUGGAGCUCAAACUCAACAACAUGGAGGAAGAGCUUCAGGACAUAAAAACAGAGAAGGACAGUCUGGAGCGAACUCUCUCUGAGAGGAAGAGGAAGUGGCAGGUGGAGAGGCAGCGCUGUGAUGAGGAACUGGAAGAGGUAAGGAGGGCGGGGCAACAGGAGACAGACAACCUCAGGAGCCAAUUACGCAAAGCCAGAACCAGCACUGACCACGCCGCAGCUGCACAGUUACAGUCAGAUCUUGAGCAGGAGUGGCAGCUGAAGUGUGAUCAGGCUCUGACAGCAGCACGCGAACAGCAGAGGAGAGACCUGACUGAACUCGCAGAGACCAGAGACACACUGCAAAUCAAACUCACACAGCUGCAGGAGAAGUUUGAUGCACUCAAACAUUCACGUGAAUCAGAUGAACAGCUUUUACUUCAGCAGCAGGACCAGCGAGAGGAGAUACAGGCCUUGAGAGAAAAGUGCUCUGUAUUGGAGCAGAGAGUAGUGUUGAUGAAGGAGCACGGUGAGGAGCGUGUUUCAGAGCUGGAGAGGAAUCUGGCAGAGAAACAGCAGCAGACAGACACAGUAGGAGAGGUGAAGCGAGUGAUGAAUGGAGUGUUCCAGUCUCUGAGGGGAGAAUUUGAUCUAAAUGAGACCUACACAGGAAGUGCUGUACUCAGAGUGCUGGUCAACACCAUCAAGAGUGUCACACUACAGCUCCUCACUAAACCUGAGAGAUCUUCAUCUGAACACAGUGAAAAAGAAGAAGAGGAGGAGGAGAAAGAUGAGGAAGGAGAGAGUGAUGCACACCCAAAACAUGAGGUACAUAUAAACGGGAGGAGAGAGGAAGAGGAGAGGUAUUUGAGAUCUGCUGGCCAGGAUGAAGAUGGACCAUCGCAUGUUGAGAAGGAAGAAAUUUCACCUGCAGAGAAGAAGAAAGAAGUAAUGGAGGAACUCGAAAAAGAACACAGGAGCGAUCAGGACGUUGUGGAAGAAAAGAGGGAAGAGGAAGUUGUUGAAGAAAAGAGGGAAGGAGACAGUGUAGAAGAAAAGAGAGAAAGGGAAGUUGUAGAAGAGAAGGAAGUUGAAGGUGAUGCCAGCAAUGAACAACAUUUGCAGGCUCUUGAGUUGGACAGUGAGUGUGGCACAGAAACCACUCUUGAAGAACAGUCUGGAAAUGAGUUACACGAUGACGUCGCUCCUACACAGGACGUGAAGGUAAUUAAUGAGAAAAUUACAGAUUCUUUAGAUGAAACAGAAACUGCACAAGUGACACUAGGAGGACCUCCUAAGAACCCACUGCCACCACCACAUAACCCUCUACAAGAUGACUUGACCAAAACGUCUGCGCCGCUCUCCAGUCAAUCUGAGAGGGUAGAAGAGGAAAAUGGGGAAGAACCAUUUUUCCAGAGCGCCGCCCCUCCCCAGCCCAAACCCGCACCCACUGAUGAAGAGGAGGAGGAGCUGAGUUUAAAAGGACGGCCCCCUCCUGCACCUCUGUUUGGUGAUGACAGUGAUGAUGAUGGCCUGGACUGGCUUGGUUAAUAUGAACCCCUCCAACCGAGAGUGAAAACACCAGUGCCUGACGUCAGACGUCUGCUGUCAAGGAGGCCAGAUAAACUGACUGGCACAGGGAAAUUGUGCUUGUGUGUGCGCAGCUGGACAACAAAGGACAUGGGACUUAAAUGAUGGGUUCUGAUGGUUCUGGAAACAGAAAUAUUUCAGUUUUUUCUAUUUUCAGUGAACAGCAACCAUUAAUAGAUGACUUCCUACACAAGAUCUUCAUGGAGACAUGGGCUGACUGCUGCUUACAAAAUUGCAUUUUGAUAUUCAAGUACAUAUAGCAAGAAGUCUUCUUGAAUAAUCUCCAAUCAAAUAAUCUGUAGUCUAAAUACUGUCAAUCAUAACCAUUAGGUUUUUAAAUGUGUGUUAAUUUAUGAUGCAAUGUUCCUUUUUUCAAGAUGGGGGUUUCAUGCUAAAUACUGACGUUGAUAGCUUAAAUGGUUCUUAACAUUUUUACAUUGUGCAAACAGCAAUCAAUUCCACAUUAAUAAAAUAAGACUGA